GGCUCUGGCACGAACCCAACUGGCACAGCGCAGGGGCAGAGGGGGCGGUUGGCAGCCCUGGGGACCAGCGCAGGUCGGCAGCUAGCUGUGAACAGUGCCCAUGUGCUAGAUGUUGUUCUAGAAACGGGGCAUGUCGAGGUCCCCUACCUUCACGGAGUUAGCCACCCAUGGCUGAGUCCUUGACGCGACGAAAACUGCAGGGGCGGGGGCCCUAUCUGACUCACUGCACUGGCACUUGUUAAGAAGCCGGGAAUGGACACACAUGUCUGAUCAAAGCUGUCUACUUUGGAAGCAUUGCUGAUUUUUAUGGAAGAUUUGAAACUGAUGAGUUUAGGUGAACAACUGCAUGCUGCCCCCAGGAUACUAAUUAGAUCUGCUUGACUCAGGACACUAAGGCUCAGUGUCUGCAGAAGCCUUUUACCAAUCUCAUUUGGGCUAUGGAGACAACAUGUCUUCACCCGGAGAGGUUAGAGCAGAGUCUGGAAAAGAAUGUAAGGAAAAUGAUGCCGGCACAAAAGACUUGAUUUCCACAAAUACCUUACCGUUGUCAAGUCAGAAUGAGACACCCACAUCAUCAAAGAAAUUUGAAAAUGAAGUUAAGUCAGAGGAGAUAAUGGUUUCUCCUCAGAAACUUCCUCAUGAGGAUUAUAAGUAUCUUUUUCCAGUGGCUUCAGAAAGUGUGCGUGAUCCCGGCUUUCUGAAUCCUAGAGGUUUUUAUGACAGAAACAAGUGUAACAGUGAGAAUGAUCUGCUUCCAGGGCCAUCAGAGACUCUGUUUCCUGGUAUACAAGUAAUUGUUUCGGAAGGGGAGCUUGCUCAGUUGGCUGAUAUUCGACCAUUAACAUUCAAUUUUCAUGAGCAAUUAGCCACCAAGAAUUGUUUGAAAAUGAUUAAGAAAAAAAUAGCACAAUAUGAUAUCAUACAGGAGUUCAUGGGUUUAGAGCUUAAGAAUCUGCCUGGUGAGUUCAACUCUGGGAAGGAACCAAGCAACAGAGAAAAAAACAGAUAUCGAGAUAUCCUUCCAUAUGAUUCAACACGUGUACCUCUUGGAAAAAGCAAGGACUACAUCAAUGCUAGUUAUAUUAGAAUAGUCAAUUAUGAAGAAGAGUAUUUUUAUAUUGCGGCCCAAGGACCACUGCCAAGUACCACAGAUGACUUUUGGCAAAUGGUUUUGGAAAAUAAUUCUAAUGUUAUUGCCAUGAUAACCAGAGAUACAGAAAGUGGGAUUAGUAAAUGCCACCAUUACUGGCCUAUUUCUCUGAAGGAGCCUUUGGAAUCGAAACACUUCCGUGUCUUCCUGGAGAACUACCAGAUACUUCCGUAUUUCAUCAUUCGAAUCCUUCAAGUGGUGAAUAAGUCCACGGGAAUCAGUCACUUUGUGAAACACUUGCAGUUCACCAAGUGGCCAGACCAUGGCACUCCUGCCUCAGCAGAGUAUUUCAUAAAAUAUGUCCGUUACGUGAGGAAGAGCCACCUCACGGGGCCCAUGGUGGUUCACUGCAGUGCCGGCGUGGGCAGGACAGGGGUGUUCAUAUGUGUGGAUGUCGUGCUGUGUGCCAUCGAAAAGAACUAUUCAUUCAACAUCAUGGAUAUAGUGACUCAAAUGAGAGAGCAGCGUUUUGGCAUGAUUCAAACCAAGGAGCAGUAUCACUUUUGUUAUGAAAUUGUGCUUGAAGUUCUUCAGAAACUUGUGACUCUGAACUAAGGACUCUGUUGCCUCUCACUUGAAGUCACCAGGUCUCUUGGCGCAUCCGCGUAAAGAGCAGGCUUGAGCCGCGCUUCAGGUUCCGCUGUGCCUGCCGUGCCUCCAUGUGCCAUUCGCUUUUCUUUCUCCAAUCCCUGAAAAAAGGCAUGUUUGGGUUUGAUCUUAUUAGACAAUACCAAGGUACCUGCCACCGUCUCCAAUGAAACAAGCGUUACGUGAAACAAAUAUAGCUUGGCUAUCUGGUUAAAGGGGUCACAGAGCUCAAUAAAGGACUUAAACUAUAUUUGGUAAGAUUUAUUUGGAAAGGACAUUCAUCAUGUUCUUCAGCUAGAUUUGUUCUUCUAUUUGUUCCAGUUAGGAUUGGACUCUCUAUCCUAUGCUUCCAUGCUGCUGUGGGGACCCAGAGACCUUGGCCUUUCUAGAGCAGCUAGACAAGGACCUCUUGGUCUGGGAAGCAUUUCAUGGGGCUGUGGGAGAGCAGAGUUCCUUCCUUCCAUCACGUGAACACACUGGUGAACAGUCCAGAACCAAAAUAGAUGUUUAUAUAGAAAGUCUAAGAGGAAAUUUUUGCCUUGCCUGAGUUCUUUCCUACCCCUCCCUAACACCUAAUGCAUUACUCAGUCUGCUUUGUUAAAAGCAAAUCGUACAUUUGCCUCUUAUCCUCUGCCCUUUAGCUAACCAAUCAACUUUGGCAGGAGCAUUGUUAUGCACUUCUGAGUCAUUCACGGUAUCUCUUACACUGGAUGUAUUUGUUAAAUGGGGAUCUAUAUAGUUGUUGCCCCCAGAUUUCCAUUAAGUAAUUUCUUUCCAUGACUGCCCCAGCUCUGCUGAAACACUUAGAAGUUGGAGUUAGGAACCAGAUUCUGGAAAACCAAAUUCAUAGCUGUGAAAAUGAAAACUUCCACACUCUGGUUUUGAAAAGACUGUGGCCAUUAUAACAUUCAUCUUAUUAUAGGACCUUGUGUCAUACAAUUACAGUGACAUUUUGGUCAAGGAGUUUUGGUGGCCAGUUAUAAAUUUAUUUUAAGCUACAAAUCAAUUAAUAAGUUUCCUUGUACAGUGUACACAGUAAGUGUUUCUGUUCAGUGGAGAUCAGAAUAUUUUAUGUA